AACAUAUGGACGAGUAUUAAACUGACAAAGUACCAUUCCCUUCUUCUUCCCCCGCAUUUUUAACUCGGCCGCUGACUCAAUUGACUCGCCCUCUGCAAAACAAAACACACAGUAGAAAUUCCAGCGGGCGAUGGCUUCGGAGGAGAGCCGAAUAGAGGACGAACUGUCGCACCCGAUUCUGCUGGCGGAGCGGGUCCGGACCGCCGUCGACGAGGCGGAGUCGUUCAAGCUGGAGUGCUCCGAGGUGGGGAAGCAGGUGGAUCGUCUCUCGCAGAAGCUCCGAACCGUGGUCCGGUUGGCCACGGCAGCCCCGGUUCUGUACGAGCGCCCGAUUCGGCGCAUCGUCGCCGAGGUGUCGAAGAAUCUGGAGCGGGCCCUGACCCUGGUCCGUAAGUGCAAGCGCCAGAGCAUCCUACGACGUGUCGUAACCAUCACGAGCGCCGCCGACUUCCGGAAGCUCUUCAACUUCCUCGAGUCCUCCGUCGGCGACAUGAAGUGGCUGCUCAGCUUAUUCGACCCGGACACCGCUGGCAAUAACGGAAUUGAACUCUCCCUCGCCCCGAUUGCCAGCAACGACCCGAUUCUCUCGUGGGUCUGGUCAUUCAUCGCCACCGUCCAAAUGGGUCAGCUGCCGCAUCGUAUCGAGGCCGCCAAUGAGCUCGCCUCACUGGCGCAGGACAACGACCGGAACAAGAAGAUUAUUGUCGACGAAGGCGGAGUCUCGCCGCUACUGAAAUUGUUGAAGGAGGGCUCGUCGCCUGAUGCCCAAAUUGCGGCGGCGACGGCGCUCUAUAAUCUGGCGGGCGAUCAGGAGAAGGUGAAGGCUAUUGUGAAUGAGGUUGGGGUGCCUAUUAUUGUGCAGGUUCUGGGCGACUCGCCGAUGAGGGUUCAGAGCCAUGUGGCGACCCUGGUGGCUCGGAUGGCAGAGCAUGACAGCAUUUCCCAGGAGGAUUUCGCCAGGGAGAAUGUGAUCAGGCCGCUGGUGACGCUACUGUCGUUCGAGAUGUUUGGGGAGGAUCAGAGUAAUGAUCAGUUGGGUAAGCAAAGCAUUCACUCUCUGAUUCAGAUUAAUAGGGAAAUAGAGAAGAGCACAUUAGCAAAACCGCAAUCGAGAGGCAGUAGCAGUAGCAGCGACAGUAUGUAUAGACCUCAUUCGAAUACGUAUUCAAGUUCUUCGUAUUCUUAUUAUUCGGAGGGUAGUAGCCGAGGCGGGCAUCAUAGGAAGGAGAGGGAGAAUGAGAAGCCUCAUGUUAAGCUUCAGCUGAAAAUUAGUUGCGCCGCGGCGUUGUGGAUGCUUGCCAGGGGCAGUGUUUUGAAUGGUAGGAGGAUAACUGAGACCAAAGGUUUGCUUUGUUUGGCUAAGUUGGUGGAGAAGGAACAGGGUGAGUUGCAAUUCAACUGUUUGAUGACUAUAAUGGAGAUAACGGCUGCGGCUGAAUCCAAUGCUGAACUUAGACGAGCCGCGUUUAAGACCAAUUCUCCGGCUGCCAAGGCGGUUGUGGAUCAGCUCUUGAGACUGAUCAAAGAGGUGGACAGCCCGAUACUGCAAAUUCCUGCUGUAAAAUCGAUUGGCUUGCUUGCCAGGGCAUUCCCUGCUAGAGAGACGCGGGUCAUUGGUCCGCUAGUGACUCAACUUAGCCACAAAGAUCUUGACAUGGGAACUGAAGCGGCAAUUGCACUGGGGAAGUUUGCCUGUCCGGAUAAUUUUCUCUGUAUGGAGCAUUCGAAGAGGAUAAUUGAGUCCAACGCUAUACCGCCUCUGAUGAAACUGCUAAGAGGAAACGAACACUCGUGGCUGCACGGAUUGAUUCUUCUUUGCUACCUUGCAUUGCACUCUGGGAAUACCAACUCUUUGGAACCGACCAGGGUGUUGACAGUCCUUGAAGGGGCUGACCGCAGUGCACUCCCCCAACAUCCCGAGUUGAGAGAGUUGGUGUCCAAGGCGAUAUAUCACCUCAAUCUGUACCACACUGGAGGUCAUUCGCAAAGGAUGGCAUUUGUGCCGUGAAUACAAAUUCUCGAAGGUAGAAGAUCGAAACGGUUUUGCGGGGUACGAUCGUGCUGUGCGGUAGUACUAGGAUCAUCAGUUUGAUACUUUUUGAAUGGAAGGAAACAGGGAUCGUCGAAAGAUAGUUGAUUAAUAAGAUAAAAGUGCAAACAGUUGCAUUUCGUUUUAAUCUUUUGAGCUUUGGUCGUUGAAAACCCUGUGAUUUGGUCGCGCGGCGCCCAAAUCACAACUCCAUGUUGAUUUGGUCGUUGAAAACCCUGCAACUCGCGCCCGACUCCAUGUUGAUCACAGCAAGAGCAAGCAUGAGAGUUGUCCUAGCCAAAGUCUCUCGUGAACAGUUGAAUUGUUUGGUGAGUAGGAUUCCAAAAUUAGUGAAUCAGCAGAGGUCGGACCUACUCCAGUUGUAGAGGCUCUCUUGUGCACUCAUUAUCGGCCUCAUGGCCUGUCGUCCCUGUAACAAACUAGCAUGAUAAUCAAAGAACAACUAUACAUUGUUUA